AUGACGACAACAUCCGACCCGAAUCCACUGACGACCCAACGAGGCGCGGCGCCUCUGACGACCGUCUUCACGACGCCGGACUUUUGCAACUCGCUCUACUGGACAAACACAAUCACGCCGCCCCUCUCGAGCGUAGUAUGCAUGCCCACAUCAUGGCACCAGGUCAACGACUACAGCUGGGGCUACUACUCCCCCGGCAUCUGUCCCAUGGGGUACACCGAAGGUUGCGCGUUCCCGACCUCGCUCGCAAGCUCAAAGGACGGCGCCGUCGGCAUGGGUGGCCCGGUCACGGUCGGCGAGACGCCGCGGCUGUGCUGCCCGACGGGGUACGUCUGUUAUACCGACACCAAGAGCUACGGGUACAGCAAGUGCAUCUCGACGAUCCCGACGACGUCGUUUUAUAAUAGCGAUAAUCAACCGACCUCGCAGCUGGCGCUAGUGUAUGCGGUGCAGGUGCGGUGGGCAAGUUCGGAUUUGAGUAUUUUGGAGACGGAUCCGACGGUGCCGGGGUCGACGUAUACGGGGGUUACGGCGACGGGGUCGGGAGGGGAGACGGUUGCGACGACGGGGGCGCAGACGGGGAGUAAUUCGAUUGCGACGGCGACGGCGACGAGUACACCAACCGGGUCGUCGGACGGAGGGGGAGGGGGUAUAUCAGUUGGCACUACGAUUGCGAUCGCGGUUGGAUCGGUGGCGGGAACGCUCGUGCUGGCGCUGCUGGCCUUUAUCCUUCUAUGGCGACGACGCAAGAGACGACACGCACAGAAAGCAGCAGCGGCGGGCGAGAAUGGUGGCAGUGCAGACAGCGACUCGAAAUCGGAUUCUGUGGCGCCGACAAUGGCACAUAAAGCGCCCGUGGGGAAGUCGUCUCUGGAUAUCAUGUCGCCCAGCACGGCGAGACCGGGGACUGGGACGACUGUUGUGGGUGAUGAGGCGCUGCACUCGCCGCGGUCGCCGACGACGACGGCGCAGCUUGAUUCAACGACGGUGAUGGAGAUGGAGACGAUGGAGCGGCCGCAGGAGUUGCCUGAUACCAAUGAGGUGUUUGAGAUGGAGGGCGAUAUGCCGGGGCCGCCGUUGUAUCGGGAGAAGGAGGGGUGGCCUCUUAGGUGA